UUUUGAAAAUAACUUUCAACUGGCGCGAAACUUGUGAGUUUGUUAAAGAUUCUUUACCGCGGAACUGUCAGACUAGUUCAUGAUAAAACAUAACAUCUUUUCUUGAGAUUAACAAUAUAGAAUUGCUUUUGCCGAUAUUUGACUGGUUUCGUCUUGUUUCAAGAAAAGAAGUCCAGCAAAACAGGAAUAAUUUGGGUGUCUUUUGAAUCCUGAUUUAGAGAAACGAAUUAAAAAAUGGUUCAAAUUGUCGUCUCGAGUAAUGCUGGUGAGGGUCCCGCUGAAUGGCUUCUCGUGGAGCUGCAGGGAGAAGUGAUGUCCAGACAGAACACCGGACUAGCUGGACAUCUGAUGGGAGACCUUCACUACACCAACGAGGGUGUACCUGUGUUAAUAGUUGGACAUCACAUUCUCUACGGUAAGCAGGUUAAACUCGAGAAGGCCUUUGCUGUACUGAUGAAACAUUCUGGUGUCUCCCAGGAUGCUGAGGAAAGCAUGGAAACUAACCAGGACAGACCAACUUCUUACACCGUCUCAGCCCUCAUCAAAAAGAAACUUAUCUUUAAAAACCGACCUAAACCAAUCAUCACUAAUGUGCCAAAGAAAGUGUGAUCAAUGGCCAGAAAUCAGACUGACGGAUAAAGCAUGAUACCUGUCAAAGAGAUACGGAGUUUGUUCACUCUUCUGCGGGAUUUGAUCUGAUUAUGUAUUUAUCUAUUUUGUGAGUACUUUUGAACAACACAUGUAGUGUUUGAGGUUGCUGUGUGCAAACAGUUUGGGAAGAAUGAAUAGUGGAUUAGUAUUUUUUGUAGAUUUAUUGUCAACAGAUGCAGUGGAUAUAUUUGUUGUGGAGGAGAGAAAUGUGUUUCCAACUUGGGUGAUUUUGACAACGAUAAAGAAAAUAGACGUUUUUAAAACAGGUUUAUUAUAUCAAAAUCAUUUACAAGUGUUUCAAAAAUAAUUACGCUGGAUUUGGCCUUAGUAUCUAAAGACAUACUCCAGAGUUCACAAAUGCAUACAAUACAGUUGAAUUCAUGUGAUGUUAAAAGACCAUAAUGGCCAUUUUUGGAGAACAUACACUGUGGUUUUCAGUGACCCCUGAAUAAAUGGUGCUAAACAUUUAA